GUUCCUUUAUGGCACAUUGGAUACCCUUUUGGUGCUUUUUGAGUUUUCUGAGAACUUUACCUUUGUCCUUCACAUUGACAUUGCCUUUUGAUUCCGAAGACUACCUAAAAAUUUUAAUUUAGAUGCUUUGAUGCAAAACCCACUUUCCAAUUGCUACCUCCUUCACCUAUCAGAUCUGGAAAUUGGAAUUCCUCUUUGGCUUUCCCAUUUAUUAAGAGAAAUCAUCCAUUUAGCAUGGAGAUUGUGACGAAGGUUGCAGAAGGACUAAUAAAUUAUGAGGGCAUUCAUGAAAAGAUGACGAACCUAAAAAGGAAAUGCGACCAUUUAAAGGAUAGAGAAGAAGACGUCAAGGCAGAGCUCGAAUAUGCAGAAGGCUUAUCGUUGAAAAAACGCAGGAAAGUAGUUGAAAAUUGGUUGACAAAUGUUGCAAGCAUAAAGAAUGAAGUGGAGGUGAUGGAGCAACAAGUUCGUGAAAGUAGCUGGCUUUCUUCACAUUUGCUACAGGAACCGAAAAUAGCAAGAUUAACAGAAGAAGUGAGAGAACUCAUUCACCAAGGUCAAUUUCCUGAUGGGCUUACACUUGACGUACAUGGCAACCAACAGAUUGAGUUAAUUACAACAAGAUUGAUUGGUCAAAAAUUCCAGCAACAUAAGGAUGAGAUAUGGGAAGGGUUGAGGAGUAAUAACGUGUCAAAAAUUGGCAUAUGGGGAAUGGGGGGAGUUGGAAAAACAACCUUGCUUACCCAUGUUCACGAUGAACUUCUUGCUCAUCAAGACUUCUCUGUUGUUUGGGUGACUGUGUCACAGAACUUUAGUAUUCAGAAACUCCAGAAUGACAUUGCAAAAACAAGAGGGCUCAAUCUAAAAAAUGAUGAUGAUGAGAUGAAAAGGGCUGCGGAGCUAGCACAGCACUUGAAAAAUAUGAAUAACUUUGUGUUCAUCUUAGACGAUGUGUGGCAACCAUUUCCACUACAUAAGGUGGGAAUUCCUGCUGGUGGAAAUGGAUGUAAGUUGAUUUUAACAAGUCGGUCCUUGGAGGUUUGUCGAAGAAUGGAUUGCGAAAAGAAGGUCCUAGUGACGCCACUUUCUAAGAAUGAAGAUUGGGAGUUAUUUACUGAGAUACUUGGGCACGGCAGAGCACUUUCUCCUGAAAUCGAACCCAUCGCAAAGUCACUCACAGAAAAAUGUUGUGGUUUACCUCUUGCCAUUAUUACCAUGGCAGGAUCCAUGAAAGGGGUGGAAGACAUAGCUGAGUGGAGAGAUGCACUGGAAAAAUUGAAAGAACCAGUGGCAGAGCGUAAUGAUGAUAUGGGAACUGAGGUAUUUCAAGUAUUGAAGCACAGCUACGAUCAGUUGAAAGAUCCAAAAGUGCAACAGUGUUUUUUAUAUUGCUCAUUGUUUCCUGAAGACUAUGAAAUUGACAGAGAAACAUUGAUUGAGCAUUUUAUUGAUGAGGGAUUCGUUGAUGGAUUGAGGAAUAGGCGGGCAGAAUUGGAUAGGGGCCACACCGUGUUGAACAAACUUGAAAAUGUUUGCUUAUUGGAAGCUUUUAUAAUAAAAGACGAGGGAAAAAAGUAUGUGAAGAUGCAUGAUUUGGUAAGAAGCAUGGCCAUCCAAAUUGGAAGAGCUGAAUUUCAAUUUUUAGCAGAAGCUGGAGAACAAUUGAGAGAGAUACCAGGAGAAGAAAUGUGGGAAGAGGAUCUUAAAAAGGUUUCUUUAAUGAAGAAUCUCUUAUCACAUAUUCCUUCUAGUAUAUCGCCAAAGUGUUCGAGACUUACAACACUGAUGCUAAAUGGUAAUCGCGACCUAAAAGCCAUUCCAGAUUGUUUUUUCAGUCGUAUGCCUCAGCUCAGAGUUCUUGAUUUGUCUCAUACGGGGAUUAUAAAUCUGCCCACAUCAAUUUCUGAGUUGGUGAAUCUAAUUGCGUUAUGGCUUGAAGGGUGUGAAGCAUUGAAGUAUGUACCAUCUUUAGAAACUCUCAAGGCAUUAAGGAGGCUGAACCUUAGAAAGACAGGUAUAACAGAAGUACCCCAUGGUUUGGAUAUGCUGUUGAAUCUGAGAUAUCUCAAUCUUGAACAAACACUGAUAAAAAUGAUACCUGAUGGCAUUUUAUCCAAACUGUCUUGUCUUCAAUAUCUUGCAAUUGACGCUGAACUUCGUCUGAGAGGUGAGGAGAUAGUGGAGUUGAGUAAGUUUGAAGCAUUUAAAGGGAACCUGUAUGAUAUGAGCAGCUUUAAUACGUAUGUAAGAUGGAGAGAAGAAAAUGGGGGCGCCAGUAAUUAUGCACUUCUGUUGGAAAUGACGGAGCUGACAGCGACGGAUUUUCUUAAUGACGUAUGUACUGACAAUGAGAGAUAUGUGUAUUUAUCAGGAUGCGAGAUAAGUGAAAGCAAUGGUAGAGAUGAGAGAGAUGUAUAUUUAUCAGGAUGCGAGAUAAGUAAAGGCAAAUGUGGAGAAGACUCAUUUGUGCUCCCUAAAGAUGUUCAAUAUCUGGCAAUGCGAAACUGCAACGAUACUGCCAGUUUAUGUGAUAUUCCGUCAUUGCACAAUGCUACCAAGUUGAGUAAGUGUACGAUUCAUGGAUGUCAAGGGAUGGAACAUGUUGUUUGUUCAUGCUGUAGCGUUCCUCUCAUUCAAUAUCUUGACUCAUUAUUCCUUUUUGAGGUGAAGGAGUUGAGGGCUUUGAUUGGGGCAGAGAUAUGUUGUGCAUCUGCAUCAUCAAAUCUACUCCAACCUGACAUGUUUUCCUCUCUUCGAAAGUUUUCUAUAUGGAUAUGUCCAAAAAUAAAGAGGUUGUUCAUGCGUGAUCUGCUACCUAAUCUUAAGAACCUAGUCGAGUUGCGAGUUGGGUUUUGUGAGAAUAUGGUGGAAAUAAUAGGAGAAGCAUCAGAUGAAGAUGAAGAUGAUGAGAACCAGGAAGCAGUAAGUACAACUAGUAGUAUUAUAUACUCUCUCCCCAAAUUAAGUUAUCUUUCGUUGUAUAACCUUCCAAAAUUGAAGAGAUUUUGUACUACUAAAAUAGUUUUUGACUUUCUGAGAGAGAUUAAAAUAUCUCGAUGUCCGACGCUGUCCUUCAAUGGAGAUAGAGUACAAAAUGACGGAAUUUAUAGAGUGGUCAAUUCUCGCAUAGGUGAGCGAAUAGGAUGAGGAAUUUUAAGAUGUUUGUGUGGUCGGAAGUGAAGACAGUCAAAGCAUUGCACAUGUUUGGUGGUCUGUCAUAAGUACUGCAAUUCCUCGUUUCCUUUCAUAAUCUUCAUCAAACAGCUAGCUGUUGCUCUUCUUCACCAUUAAUCAUCAUCAUCAUCAUCAUCUUGUCCUCUUCUUCUGCAAAUGUAUUGAGUAGUGAAAUUCCGACAUGCCUGCUAUUCCUUUUUGAAUAUUUUACUCUUUUUUUUUUUUUUUUUUUUUUGGAUCCCUUUUUAAAAAUAUUUUGUAAUUUUAGAUUUUGAAAUUCUAGCUUUCUUCAUACGCUUUUUAUUUAUUUUGGUCUUUUAGAAAUGAGUAUGCAGUCUCUUACCAAUCAUUUUGAAGCAAUUAAUGUUUGAAUUUUUUGUACUCUUUCUUUUUUGUUCGCAAUUUUUUUUUUUUUUUUUUUUUUGGGGUAAAUGUCAAUGACAUUAACAAGAAAGGGUCAAUACAUCGGCAAUAAUUAAUAUUUUAUUU